UCUUGCACUCUUUCAAUUUGCCCAAGACUUGACGCAAUAGGCAAACCUCCCCUGUUCAUUGGUAAUUGUUCUCUUCGUAUAUUUUUUGUCAGCUUCAUACGGGGACCUCUUAUCUGUCAAAGCCGGAGAAGCGAUUUCAACUACAAUAUUCCUGCUUCGCUGCUAUCUAUCAACGUUAAAUUCUGCGAUCAGUAGUGAUUUCAUCUUCCUGGGCUUUUCACAAGGAUGGAAACUGAAUCACCCAUUUCUCUUCAGCAGCAUCCUCGCGUCUUACAAAAUGAACGCCAGGUCGUCCGUAAAGCAGGUCGACAAGCCAUUCGUCAGUUUCUGGAAUCACACACUUGUUUUUCUGUUUUGAGGGCCAGUGGAAAAGUAGUCGUCUUCGACACAAGAAUUCCAAUUCAGCUGGCCUUUUAUGCUCUUGUCGAGCAUGAUAUGCAGUGUGCGCCCUUGUGGGAUCCAACACAAUGCCAAUUUGUUGGACUAUUGACGGUAACAGACUUUGUCGAUAUUCUUCGGCACUAUCGAUCCUCGGGGAUGGACGUCGCCGACCUUGCGGUUCACAGUAUCAAAGAUAUACUCGUCUACGCAACCAAACAAGACGCAGUGCGGGCUCGCGGAUUCCGCUGUGCUGAUAGUAACUGUACACUCAAGCAAGCUUGUCAGCUCAUGUUGACCAACGGACAGGAUUAUUUGCCCAUUGUGUUUGCGGAUGACAUGCGUGUGUUAAGUUGCAUGACCUACACAAACAUUUUGGAGCAUUUGGUCACACAUUUUCGAGAACAGCGUCGGCUCUUUGAUGAUUCCAUCGUAGAUCUAAAGAUUGGGACGUAUGGAGACUCCCUUGUAUCGGUUACUCCGAAUCAGACUUUGUCGGAUGCUUUGGGAUUGAUGAAAAAGCAUAAGUUGUCCGCAUUACCAGUUGUUGACGCUGGCACUCACAAAAUUGUCGGUGUCUACAGUCGCUCAGAUAUUACGUUUUUGACAAAGGCUAUCGAUGCAGAAGAUGCUGUUCGAAAUCUGGACAUGCCCUUAGCAGAUAUCCUGUCGCAAACCCGACAAGAUGUGACUACUCCUGAUGCGCUACGAACUUGCAGCCCUUCGCAUACUUUACAGGCGAUUUUUGAAUCAUUUGCACAAUUGCGCUUUCAUCGGCUCUAUGUGGUUGAUACCGAAGAGCGCUUGGUUGGGAUUGUCAGUGCUAGAGAUCUAGUAGCGUACUUCUUGCAUGAUGAAGAUCAGGCAUGA